AUGAGACGGCACUGCAGACACUUGGAACCUUCCGUGGUGCUGAGAAGCACGCCAAGCUCAGCAGCAGCUAGGCAGGUUUUUACUGGUAAUACGGACAAUCACACACCUGUGACGAACAUACUUGACACGCCAGUCGAUGCCCGUUAUGUGCGCUUCUACCCUCAGUCCUGGAAUGAUAAAAUCGCCAUGAGGGUGGAGAUUCUAGGCUGCUACACUAACAGUAGGUUUUCUUCGUUGGUUCGAUUGCUUGGGAUGGAGUCUGGAGCCAUACCUGAUGACAGCAUCACAGCAUCUUCGAUAGUUAAUUCUUAUUUCGAGCCAUACUACGCAAGGUUAAAUGGGUUUUCUUCUGGAUCAGAAGGUGGCUGGAUGCCUAUAUUCACAGGCAUAGGACAGUGGCUGCAAGUGGAUUUAGGAAACAUGAAGCACGUUACAGGCACCAUUAUUCAGGGUCGCCAAAAGGCCGAACAGUGGGUGACGUCAUACAAACUCCAGUACAGUGCGGAUGAAAUCAUCUGGAAGACAUAUACCGGCAGCGAUGGCUCGGAUAAGGUUUUUCAAGGCAACACUGACAUGAUCACUCCUGUAACGAACCUACUGGACAGCCCAGUUGAUGCCCGCUAUGUGCGCUUCUACCCUCAGUCCUGGAAUGGUAUCCAAUUCGCAAUGAGGGCGGAGAUUUUAGGCUGCAACACUAACAUCUGUCAGGUUCCACUUGGGAUGGAGUCUGGUGCCAUACCUGAUGGCAGCAUUACGGCAUCUUCGACCAAACUCAAUGAUUACUUGCCCUACUACGCACGGUUACACGGACUAUCCGGUUAUGGCUGCUGGGUACCGCGUAGCAGCAACAUCGGAGAAUGGCUGCAGGUGGAUUUAGGGGAGAUGAAGCGCGUCACCGGGACUGUUGUCCAGGGCCAACAAUGGUUAUAUCCACAAUGGGUGAAGUCGUACAAACUCCAGUACAGUGCGGAUGGGGCCAAUUGGACGACAUAUAAUGACAGCGAUGGCACAGAAAUGGUGUUUACAGGCAACACUGACAAUACCACGCCUGUAACAAACCUACUGGACACCCCCAUUGAUGCCCGUUAUGUGCGCUUCUAUCCUCAGUCAUGGCAAGGUGCUAUCUCCUUGAGGGUGGAGAUUCUUGGCUGCUGCAUUGACAUGUGUCCAAUACCAGGCUACGUUAGUUUUAACAGGGUUUGCUACAAGGCCUUUACUGAGUCUAAGAACUACGUUGGGGCUAGACAGAGGUGUGCCGAAGACGGGGCACUGCUAGCCAUGCCGAAGGACAAUGCCACAAUCGCUUUCAUACACGACUUCGUAGACAGUGAAACACGUUGGAUUGGGCUGACUGAUAUCGAGACAGACGGCCAGUGGGUAUUUGAAGACGGCCAGACUCUUGAAUCAUCCGGUUUUAGCAACUGGAGAACUAAUGAGCCGAGCGGUGGCACUGUGGAAAACUGCGCUGCAAUUUACGGUCCUGAGAACCUCUGGAUUGAUGCAACGUGCAACAUUUUCCGUGGAUUCAUCUGUCAGCUGGGAGGUUGUGUUGCUCCACCGACCCAAGCCAACACCAUCGGGCCCGUGUGUGACUGCCCCUAUCUGCUGGGGGAGAGCUGCACCUACCCAUGUUCCCCGGGAUAUAACGUCACUUCCGGUGACGUCAUAACGAGAACAUGCACGUCAAAUGGGUCAUGGACAGAACCGGAUCUUUUCUGCCACCCUGAAGCUUGUUACAACUUCCAUUACAACUACAACGCCUGUUACAACUUCCAUUACAACUACAACGCCUGUUACAACUUCCAUUACAAGUACAACGCCUGUUACAACUUCCAUUACAACCUCAACGCCUGUUACAACUUCCAUUACAACUACAACGCCUGUUACAACGCCCAUUACAACUACAACGUUAGCACCUACUACAACAGCUUGGAACUUGAUGGAGAAUCUUCUGAUUAUUUGGAUGAUGAAGUUUCCACCGAGAACAUAUCGCCCACGACCACUCUCCCCACUCUACCCACCAGUACAACUCAACCUCCUGCUUUACUCACUACUCAAGAAUGGUCAACACAACCGACAUUCCUAAUAGAGGUGAUUGGGGAAAUGAGAGAUCUGAUGCAGCUGCUGGAUGCUGCAGCAGACAGACUGCUGGAGGAGGCACCACCGGAAGGAGAAAUUACGUACUUCCGGUCUGACGGUGUGAUGACGGCGGUGAAGAAGGACAUCCCUGAUGUCGGUGUCGUGCCUAUCGGCCAGGAUGUCGGGUCUGUUGUGUUUACCAAGGAGGACAACCUUCCUGAGGGCUCCACUAUGAAGGUCCUGGCAUUUGUCAAGGAUCCAUUUGUCUGGAGCGUCGAGAAAACCGAAGUAUCCUCAUCAAUUGUCAUGGUGACAAUCACCAAGGAUACGGAUGACGUCGGUGGAAGCCCAUCGAACAUAACCGUUAUCGUCAAACAGAAAGUACAGUUUGGGAUCACAAGCGACACAGAGCAACAGUACCACGACACUCUGCCCACAUCGUACAGGCAGAACCUUGCUGAUGCCGGCAGCUCGUCCUUCCCUCUAUCCAAGGUCCCUGACGUCACGGACAUGACGUAUCACGCCGUGUACAUCUCUGACGAAGGUCAAGUUCCUUUGAUCAGAUUCACCAUCGAUGACGUCGACUCAGAGCUGCAGGUGUACUUCCGGUUUCACGACUUCCCAACUGAGGAAGAGUUCGACUACACCAUAACUGUCAAGCCUCCUGAAGUCACUGAUCACGACGGUUUUGAAAUGCCGUACGGCCUGGUGUACUCCAGUUUUAAUACAUCAUUAGUUCCGGAGAUCCAAAAGGAACGAGGAUGGAUCUUUGUUGGAGUAAAGAGAAAAGGCGGAGACCUGCCUCAAACUGGACUGAGAAGACUGCUGACGUCAGCGGUCCGUGCGACAGCGCCCCCUGCCGACUCUGCAGGCUUUGUGCUGCAGUCUGCAGUAGUCUCCUGUCUGCUGCGGGAAAUGGACAACCACACCUGGGACAGCCGCACCUGCAAGAACCAGGUUGCUAUGAGCACGGCAGUGGCCGACAGCUCUGCUCUUGGACAAGCAGCGACGUUCGCCACAGCAAGCCCCAGACUGGCGACGGUCGUUCCCAGCGUCUCCACCAUCCCGUCCGAAGUUCCCGGUGCGGAGUACGUGUACGUGGUGUGUGUCCGUACGGGAACACAGCCUGAUGCCGGCACGGCGUCUGUGGUCGGGCUCAUGGUCACAGGGGCAGACGGCAGGACACCCAUGGUCACUCUCAAUCCUGAUGGCUUGGUCCUGGCCAGAGGUGGUGACACGUACCACAUCAUGUCGACUCCCUCCUCCAUCGGCCAGAUCCAGUCUGUACAGGUCUGGCACGACGGCUCCGGGAAGGGCAACAUGGAGUCACUCUUCAUAGACAACAUCAAGGUCUGGGACAUACAGACAUCACAGGGAUUCUAUUUCCCGUGUAACGCCUGGCUCUCCUCCAGCAAAGGAGACGGAAGGACGAUCAGGACCAUGACGGCAGCUCCUGUUGGAGAAAUGUGGAUGUCAGAGUACACCCUACCGACGUUUUCGUACCUUCUGUACGACGACCACCUGCUGCUGUCAGCCGUGUGUAACUCCGGUGUAAGACACUUCAGCCGGGCACAGCGGAUGGUCUGCUGCCUGACGCAGAUCACCCUGUGGAUGGUGGGCAGCGCCAUGUGGUACGGCUUCAAACUUGGCGCCGGCGAUGUCGUUUUGCUAGACGCCGGCUUCGUCACUUUCCGCCUUUCGGAACUGGCUGGUGUAGCAGCAACAUCGUUCACGGUGUUCCUACCAGUUUACGCCAUCCUUGUGCCGAUAUUUUGCACGCAGCAUCCGUUGGUAGAUCAGAUCCCUUCGGGACUGUAUGAAACACCGACAUCUCCAUCCACCUGGCGAUUUCCGCUUAAGACGGUAGCGUGGAUCCUCGCCAUCCUGACGUCUGUCAGCAGCAGCUUGUUCGUGAUCGUGUACAGUCUACAGUUUGGAGCGGAGAGAAGCCAGGCCUGGCUGAAGGACUUGUCCUGGCCUUCAUGUUCUCUACAUUCGUACUGGAGCCUAUUCAGGUCGAUUUUCCUGAUUGCCUACAUUAAGGCAGUCAUCGUCGGACCUAUUGUGGGAACAGUGACCGUCUGUGUCCGAGGGGGUUUCGGGAAGAAUUUAUCGGGCAAAGAAGAACGCCCUCCACUCGGUGAUAUUCAGAGGAAAAUCCGGGGUUAUGAUGUCCCUGCACGGAGGGUUUUGCCGCCAGCCCCGAAGAAAACCGACCAUGACCCGAACUGGAACGAGAGGAUGACUCAGGGUAGAAACAUCCUGGUCCUCCUGGUGUUGAUGCUGAUCUUCACUGGCAAUGCUUUCUACAUCGGCGUCCUGGGCUUCGACAAACACACCUACUACGUCAGGACGUCGCUGGAGAACAGCCUGCUGUCUGGAUAUGACGAGGUGACCACAGCAGACAGUGCCUGGGAGUGGCUGUCGUCUGACCUGAUGCCGUCCCUCCACCCGGAGCGCGGGUACAACGGGAAGACCCUUAGGUGGCUGGACAAACAGUUUCCGGAUGGAACCAACGCGUUCCGGAUCGGGCCGGUUCGCUUGGAGAGAACCACCGAGUAUAAAGAGAACCCAAUAGACAUAGAUCUCGAGCACAGUGGUCAAAAGCUCUAUCCUGAGCUGCAGAUGUUCCUACAAAGUAAAGCUGUUGGCCGACAGAACGGACGGAACUGUUCUCACAAUGGGACUACAAGUAUUGUCAAUGAAGUCAGAAACAGCACUUCGGCGUGCAUCACCACAGUAGACCUACCCCAGGACGCUGACCAGGCUGCUGCAGUGAUAGACUUCCUAAAACAUACCCACUGGAUCCUGCUGGUUUCAGACACACUCAUCCUAAGGAUCAACUUCUACCACCCUGACGUGAAGCUGUUCAGCACCGUGGACAUCACCCUGCAGUACCUGCCAGGGGGCGCUGGGGAGAUUCAGCCCACGAUCCACACCUUCCGGCUGUUCCAGUACGAAACAGCACACGACUUCGUCCAGAUGAUUUUUCACAUCGUCUUCGUUCUUGUCUACAUCUACAACUUGUUAACCGAGAUUUUGAACGUACAGAAAAGCUGCCGUCUUUACUUUGGCAGUUUCUGGAACAUCCUGAACCUGUGCAACGUCGGCAUGUCCACAGCCGUCAUUGUGACAUUCGCGCUUCGUUACAUCCAGACAGCUGCUGUUUUGGAUGACAUACUGCAGGCAAAAGGACUUCUCGGCAUCCAUGAGUUUGUGGACAUCAGCGCCGCCAGCCAAUGGGACGCGACCUUCAAGGCUGUCCUUUCCUUCUCCAUCUUCAUCAGUACCGUCAGCAUCCUGCGGGUUCUCAACUUCUCCAGAGGCGUGGCGACAAUCUACGCACUGCCUCGGCUGAUAUACGGGGAAGCCUUUGGGUUCUCCGUGUACAUGCUGGUUGUUAUAGUGGCCUACAGCUUCAGCGGGAUCCUCAUAUUCGGCAAGAACAUAGAGAGCUUCUCCGGCUUCAAGAAAACGUCGUACGUGCUGUUUGAGAUGGGGCUGGGGAGGCCGUUCGUCGGCGUCUUUGCGGACGACAUGAAAGAAGUGGAUCGUGUCAUGGGACCUCUGUACUACUCUACAUUCGUAAUCAUCUUCAUCUUUUAUCUGAUGAACCUGGGAGUGGGGAUGCUGUGUAACUGGCUGAGUUACUGUCAGACGUCUGAAGACAUUGAUGUGGACACCGCCAUGGGAGAUUACUUCUGGAACUCCAUCAGGAGUCUUCUGGGCAUUCGCCACGAGUCCCAAGACGCAGACGAUGAUGAAGCACUUCCGGACCACUUUGUGAACGAGACCCUCCAGCGGACGGAUACGGUACUGCAGGAAGUUGACCUGCUGACUGACGUAAUGUACCGGUUUGAGUGCAAAAAGCGAGGAGGGAGGUGGAAAAUGCUCCACUAUUGUGCUGCCAAGUUCUUUGCCCCGGUCAUGACUGUUAUCUUCGAGGACAAAGAACAGCUGAAGGUGUAUGUUGUGUCAGAUUUGGCCAUCAAACAAAACCAAGUAACCUUACAGGUGCAACUCCGGACAUGGUCAAGCUUUACGCCUCUCCAAAACUGGACCGCAGCCUUUGAUAUGGUAGCUAGCUCCGCAAAGAUGGUGUUCAACGAUGCUACCGCUCAGCUCCUGAAGACUGGCAAAUGUGCUUCACGUAAAAACUGUUACUUCACCAGCGCUAUGUACCUGAACAAAAGUCGGCCAUUCGGUCCAACCAACGUACAUUUUCUGACGCCUUUUCAGUCAGCAAAUGGGCUGAAGAAGGCCAAGAUAACAGUUUCCAACGUCACAGUUCUUCCUGAACCGUCCAAGGCAGGAGCGGGCACUACCUUGCGGCUGGAGUUGCAGACCACGGCGCCGGCACCGUUUGUUUGGCUCGAUGCCGGGGACGUGGCGGGGAGGUUCUCCGAUAACGGUUUCUUCAUGAACAUUGAUAGGGUCAGUCUUGAGUUUUACGAGCGUAGUAUCGUAACAGUUGCCGCGUUUCAGAACGAAGUGACUGUGCACUCGCUAUUGAACAUCUACAGAAAUAGCGUGUGA